AUGAGUUUGGUGAAAGUGUUUUUUCUAUGCAUAGCGUUGUUUGUCAGUGUACAUUCCACCAAACCUUUUCCCGAUGUUCCGUCUGAGUACGUAACUUCUGACUGCAGAGACAAAGCGACAAAAUUUCAAAUAUCAAAAGGAAUGAGCCUUCCACUGGCGUACGACAGCGCACAAUUUUGCAUGUAUCAAAAUUUACAGGUUUUGGAUACUAUGAAAUCGCUCGAUUUGGCUUUGACGACACCCCACACUGGAAGGUCCAUUUGCCGCAUGAAAGUCCACCGGUUCGAUAAAAGAGCUAGGCAGGUUAAUAUGACAAUAUAUGAUACCGAUCUGCUUGGACACUGUACUCCGCGGAAUGCCACAGUUAUUGUGAAGGCUUAUGAAGAUUGGAGAACCAAGGAACUUUCAGAAUUAGAAAUUCCACGAAAAAUAGGAUGGAAGGCGCAAUCAAUAGACAAGAAAAAAGCCCGACUUCUUUUUACGGAUUACAAGGAAUGUUUAAUUUUAAUUACUGCGUACUUCUAUGGAAAGGUGAAGUAUUGCGAACUUUUCGUUGCAAGUAAAAAUUCCAACAAUAUGUAUAAUACGCAAUGCCACUCAAUUUACCGGAUCUACUGCGGGUAUGGACGGCCCACACGAGAUGUAUGGCCGGACCCCGCCAAAUCUUCAAGUGAUUAUUAUUUCAUAAUGGAAGUGCAUCAGCUUCGGUUGUUGAUUGAACACACGGAUCCUCUAAAAGAGGACACCGUUUUCAUGAACGAAUUUCAGAUAAUCCCGGAGGUUUUGUACCAGAUUCCAGAGGCAAACGUAUACGCCUCAACAUCCGUUAACAAAGUGAACAGACUAUGUGGACUACAAACUUACAAGAUAAUGCCUAAUAUGGCAGAAGUGGAGCUCCAAAUGAUAAGCUCUGGGCAAAAGAAAACCACAGAGGGAGUACGCCACUUUCGUUCUGACACGAAUGCAAUUUCUCCAACACAAAUCACACUUUGGGAUUACCACGGUCUGUGGCGGGUGUUACUGUCCAAUUUCAAGAACUGCUACGUAUUGAAGAACGUUGAGAGCAGCAAAAAGGGUGUUCCUUUUUGUGAGUUCUUUGUUAAGAACAAAACAGACUCCACCACUGACUUAGAGGAAUGCUGGUUUGUAUUCCUCGCAUACUGUGGGUACCCAAAGGCUUUUUACAAGGACACAAGCUGUUACUCUGGAAUUAUUGCGUAA